ACGUGGACUCCUGGUUUCUUCUCUGGCAGCGGCCGGGUGCGGCGCUAUUUCAGGGCUGGCGAGGACUCGAGAACAGGUAAAAAUAGACGCGUGCUCCCUUCCCUACUUCCGCCGGGUCACGUGGUGCGCCUGCGCCGUGCUGCGCCUGCGCCGCGGUGCGCGAACAUUCCCGUCCGGCGCGGCGCUCGCUCCUCACCCUUGGGGUCCGGCGCGGCCGAGGCCCCGCCUCGCCCGCGCGCUCCCGCCGCCGACCAUGCCCGCGGGCGUGUCCUGGCCCACCUACCUGAAGAUGUUAGCGGCCAGCCUCCUGGCCAUGUGCGCGGGCGCCCAGGCGGUGCACAGGUUCUACCGCCCCGACCUGACGAUACCUGAAAUCCCACCAAAGCCUGGAGAACUCAGGACAGAGCUUUUGGGACUGAAGGAAAAAAAACACGAACCUCAGGUUUCUCAGCAAUAGAAACUGCUACAUUUGAUGAUGCCAAGAGCCCUGGGAAUAAGUCAUUUGUAUAAUUUAUGGAACCCAACUCCUGGUCCUUAAGCAUCUGAUUCAGUUACCGUGGGAAGAGAUGCUGCAGGGAUAUGCACUGAUAGGGUGCGGUUUUUUGUAGUUUGAUCAAUACCUUGAAAACUGCCAAACUGCAUAUUCUGAGCUUUGAAUAUAUGAUUUGGAAGAUACCGAGGAACAUGUGAAAGAGUAUUUUCACUGCCUCCUGCCAUUACAAUUAUGGUUUAUUUCUCUGAGCACAAUUGAUUGUAGUGGCAAGUGGGAAUUAUAAAUGUAAUAAAAAGUGAUUUUGCAGUGAG